ACUUGUAUACAUCAAGACUAACACAGACAACUGCAAAAACCUACUUGUUUGGGUGCACACAUCAUAACGAAUUUUCUUUCUUUCGUGAUACAACACAGACUUGUAAGUCGCACCAUGCUGUCUGCAAGUAGCUUUGCUCGUUUUGGACCAAGCCCCUCUGUAUCGGAGCUGAGAAACAGAGAGAGGCGUUUUGUUUUGGAUUGUGUGGCUGUCGAUAGUAUUGCUAGGGAUUAUAGCCACUCUUUACCCAAACUGGGGUCUGUUAUCCCACCCUACAAUCCCCAAGCAGACAAGAACGCGAAGGGGUACUUCAGGACGAAACCAGUCCCUCCUCUGCUCAAGAGAACAGGCCAAUCUCGUGGUGGAACAUCGAUCCACGGUCGACUUGCUGAUCGCUUCAAUGAUUAUGGAGCUGCUGCCCUCUAUUUGACAAGAAGAAACACUGCUGCCGGUGCAGGUUAUUCACCAGAGCAGGUGGAUGGCCAUUCCCAGUUUCUAGCCUCAGUCAGGCCUGUUUGUGGGUACAAUGGCCUGUAUGGAUUCAGGAGGAACACCCCUUCACUGCGUAGGCUGCCCUCAGCCUUUGGAGUAGCUGAUCUCUAUCCAAUAUAUUAGACACGGAGAGCAUUCAAUGAAGUGUACAGUAGGCAGGGCAGAGGUCAUUUCAUGUAUCUGUUCAUUAUUAGGAUGCAAUGGCAAACAAGACCAAACCUUUACACGUUACUAAUUCAAAUUGAAAUAGGCAAGUGAAAAUAUGAGGGUGGUUUUGACAUGGCAAAGUGACCACUUCUCCUUUCCUCAGUCAACAGAGAUCAGGUUACUGUGCUGUGCUUUAGAAAUUAGACAGUCAUCAUGGUGGGUCUGCUUUAACCCUAUGUUGCGCACGUCAAAACAGCAAACCUGAUCAGAACUGGACCCCAAAUAAAUCACGUUUUUGUUUAAGAAAAAAAAAAAACCACAAACAUACAAUGAGAUGACCAGCAGAGAAAAUAUUCCAGCAUGUUACUUUAAAUAGUUAAAAACAUUUGUGAAUAAAACUAAAACUAAAACACUGUCUGGAUGCCUUGUAAUUGAUUGUCCAGUAUACUGGAUGAAAGGGUGGUGGUGGUGGGGGGGUUCAUUUAAAUAUACAUAUAUGGACGUAUUGGAUCAGUAAGGUAAGAAAAAUACCUGUAGAGUUUUCUAAAAUGUAGCUUCUGUGUUCAUUAAGUUAGCCCAAUUUCUACAUUGAUAUGACUAUUAUUUUCCAGUUCAUACAAUA